AUGUCGCAUGCAUUCAUGAUAAGGGCUUAUGCUCUGUACGAUGGCCUGUAUUGGAGAAACGAGGGGUCAUGGUCGGAUAGUGUUUGGCGUUUUCACAGGGAGGCCGUUUCUGCCACGAUUGAAGUUGCAGUAGACUGGCUCUGGACAGAGUUAUUCAGGCUGUUGUCUGGUGUAGUUCUUCAGCAAGAUGAAUCAGACGAGUUUCAGUGGGAAGCCGCGACUGGUGCUGGAUUCUCGUCCAACUCUUGUGCUAACCAGUUCAGUAUUAGACAAGAUCAGAUUAUGUUGAAUCUCGGGGUGAGGGAGGCGUUAAGCUUUAUGUGGAGUUUACAAAUCAUGUCAAAUAUCAAGAUGUUCGGUUAA